AUGAAUGGCGACAUGUUUUGUGCUCAGGAGUUAUCCAGUCUAUUAUCUGGCGGCUCCCAAUCUUGGGCGGAGAAUCCAACUCGGAAACAGCUGCAGUCUGAACAAACCGAGUUAAAUCGAGUUGGUAAAACACUCACUCCUGGAUCUAUUGGUCUUCCCAAAAAAACGGUAUCUACUACAGGUGUAGCUGUAAAGCCACAGUUAGAUUCCAAGGACAUUUGGGAUGAAAAUGAGGUGGAUGAUUACGUUGAGGAUGAUGACCCGAGACCAGCACCAAUAUACAGCUUUGGAUAUCGGCAAAAGGUGUCCUCGGAAGACAUGUUUCUUGGAAUGAGUGGUAAAUGCAACUCUAUUGGUCACUGUGAUGAAUGUGUCGUCAAAGUAGAGUUGCCAGAAACACUUUCAAAGGACAUUGAAAUGAGUUUUAUAAACAACAUUAUGGAUCUCAGAUGUCCUCGAUUUAAGCUAAAGUUUCCACUGCCCGUCAGUGUCAAUGACAAGAGCGGAAGUGCACAUUUUGAUUCGACUGCAUACAUGCAGUCAGGCGGUGAUGGCCGAAUGCAUGGGCGAGGAACUGGUGCAAGUCGUCACAAUAAAAACCGUUUUUCUAGUGGACAAGGAAAAAGGCAAUCCAAGACAGGCAAUGGCAUUGCUGUGGAUGGACCAGCUACUGGCUUUAAUGCAGGCAAUACUGCUGAUGUUCGAAUGGCAUCUAGACAGUCGGCUACUGUUCAACAAAAACCAAGUCAGAUGCUUUCCAAACAGCAAUCUGGACCAGCCUAUUCUGCAGAAACAUUGGCAGCAAUCAUUAAACAACUAAAAGAUGCCACUAUUUCUCAGUCUGGAGCGACGAAUAAAGGAAUACAUGACGUAUCCCAGAUUAAUUCGCCAUCAAAGCAGUCAGAGCUUAUUCCAGAUGUCACUCAUUUGAGACUUCAGAUCGCCAUGCUAGCAGAGGAUGCUAUUUUAUCUGAUCCACAAACUGCACUACAGCAAGGACUAGACGAAACACUUUGGUCUUUGGUAUACCAACAGCGUAUUCAAAUUCUUCGCAAUAGCAUUCAAUCAUUGCAAAAACAGCAGUCCAUAUCUUCAAAAGAAAUACCACAAAAUCAUAUAGAUGGUAUAGACCGCAUUAAAGAUGAAUUGGCAUCCCUUUUAAAAUCGGCAACUUGUUUUUACAGGACACUGAUAUUGGAACUGGACAGUCGUCAGGAAGAGUUGUGGUCUACAGUUUCAAUUUGGGAAUUGCUGAAAAUCAACAAAAGUAACCAUAUCCCAGAUGUAAAGGAAUCUAUACGUACACUCAUCUUCAACUGCCUAGUUUUUCUUGGAGAUAUUGAACGCUAUAGCUUCUCCCUAGUUUUUCCCGACUCUUCAGUUUGGCAUACCUCGCUGAUGUACUAUGAGAAAGCAUUAAGAAUUCUUCCAUUUGUUGCUCGUCCACACUCCAAAAUUGCAAUGAUGUAUAGUUUUCAAAAAAAUACUCUUGAAUGUGUGUAUCAUUGUGCUCUCAGUGUUGGGAUCGCCAAAGAAUCGGCAGUAAUUCGCGAUAAUUUGACUCAUGCUUUUCAUAAGCUAUCCAAUGAUCUACCCAGUGAUUCAAAUACUUGGGUAACUUUGAUUUUACAAUAUGCUGCUCAGCUGUUCUUGGCAGCUAAUGACAAGCAAAAUACCAUUGGUUCAUUGGAUUCCAACAUACUUGAAGCAGUAGCAUUGGCAGAUUUUACUUUGUCUCAAACUAUAAAACAGCUCGUCAAAUUAGCAACCAUAUUCAUAGUUAUUGCAAGCGAUUUGGAUUACAAAUUUGAAUCUACUCCACAAAGUGAUGUAGCAAAACGUCAAGAUAUUCGCUACGCACAGACAGUAACAGUUGCUGGAUUGCUAACAAUGGCAUCGAUUUCAUUGAAGAUUUUAAAUGAGCAAUGUGAAAAUGAGACGUUCAUCGACGAUAUCAAUACCGAUGGGUUUGCACUGUCGACCCAUCUGGUGCACGUCUCGCUUGUAUCGACAUAUCUAUCCAUUCAUGUUGAACAGCUACAAGUUUUACAAGUAUACAGUAAACAAUUGGCGAUUCAGUCUAUGCAACAUAGAUUAUCUCAUUUUACAUCUCUUUUAGCAAACUUUGUAAAUUUCAUUUCAUUGUUUGCAGAUGUGGAAAGCAACAACAAGCCAACGCUUGAAGAUAUUGCUUUGGUUGGUCUUGAAUGUAUGCGCAAGAUAUAUCUCUCUGUUGACAGCAGUUUAGAACAAACUCGCAUUGACUCGGAUCCAAUAUCUACAAGAUUAUCGCGAAUAGCAAAUCUAGCAAGAGAAAUUGCUCAAACAACACAAUUUUCAGAAUUUUGGUGGGAUGAAGACCAGUGCAAGUUUAUGUCGGUCGAUCUUGAAGAAAGGGCAGGUUAUAUUGGGCUUGAAUGGGCUUAUAGAGUUGAUAGACGAAAUCAAAUCAGUGGUAUGCGAACACUUGCAUCCGAACGUCUUAAGGAUCAAGUUCAGUCACUGCAACUCAAGGCAGAUCGAGAGAGUAGUAAAGCAUAUCCCUUUGCUGUUUUAGAUGCACAUGCAUUGAUUGAUGCGUUACCAGCCAUCAAAUUUUGUCUAAUGAAACAAACUUGUGUGAUUGCCAUACCCAUUGAUGUGAUUCAUGAUUUGGAUCAAUUUAAAACUGGAACCAACACAAUCAAUGUGCGUGCUCGAGAAUGUAUUCGAUAUCUUGAGCAACGUUUCAAGUAUCGAUCACCAUUUCUAGUUGGACAGCAGGCAGGUGAAGCAAUCGAACCCACACAACGUGCUGCUGUUCAUGCAGAGGAUGCCUUGUUAAAAACCAACAGUAGCGCUGUGUUUGUACCCGAGACCUAUAAAGGAAUCAUGACAUAUUGCUUGUUUGUUCGUGCCCGUGUCAAAACAGCAUGGAGUUUUGGAAAGAUUGGCGACUUUAUGCUUGUAACAGACGACUCUUCAAGAAUGGAUGUUGCACGAUCGCUUGGAAUUUCUUGCUUAUCUGUUGGCUCCUGGAGAGCACGGUAUGGCGGCAGUCUUAGGUUUCAAUCAAGAACGUCUCUGUAA